CUGCAUUACAUGACUGUGCAGAAUCUGGAAGUUUAGAGAUCAUGAAGAUGCUUCUCAAGUAUUGUGCUAAGAUGGAAAAGGAUGGCUAUGGAAUGACUCCUCUUCUGUCAGCCAGUGUGACAGGCCACACAAAUAUUGUGGACUUCCUGACCCAACAUGAACAGACUAGUAAGACAGAAUGUAUAAAUGCUCUGGAACUUCUAGGAGCAACAUUUGUGGACAAAAAGAGAGAUCUGCUUGGUGCUUUGAAAUACUGGAAGCAAGCUAUGGAAAUGAGAUACAAUGAUAGGAUUAGUAUCCUGAACAGACCUGUACCACAAACACUAAUUAUGGCCUAUGAUUAUGCUAAAGAAGUAAACAGCUUAGAAGAGCUAGAAAAUCUUAUUGCAGAUCCUGAUGAGAUGAGAAUGCAAGCACUAUUAAUUAGAGAACGUAUUCUUGGUCCUUCUCACCCAGAUACAUCCUACUAUAUUAGGUACAGAGGUGCUGUCUAUGCAGACUCUGGAAACUUUAAACGAUGCAUCAACUUAUGGAAAUAUGCUUUGGACAUGCAGCAGAGCAAUCUAGAUCCACUGAACCCUAUGACAGCCAGCAGUUUACUGUCAUUUGCUGAACUCUUCUCCUUCAUGCUGCAGGACAAGGCAAAAGGCCUGCUAGGCGCUACUGUCGCAUUUGAUGAUCUAAUGGGUAUACUAUGCAAAAGUGUUCUUGAAAUAGAGCGGGCCAUGAAACAAAUCCAGUGUCCUCCUGAUCCAAUACAGCUAAACAAAGCACUUUCUAUCAUUUUGCAUUUAAUUUGCUUGUUGGAAAAAGUACCUUGCACCUCAGAACAGGAGCAUUUUAAGAAACAGACUAUAUAUAAGUUUCUUAAGCUUCAGCCUAGAGGGAAGAAUAACUUCAGUCCACUUCAUCUUGCUGUUGACAAGAAUACUACAUGUGUGGGUCGCUACCCAGUUUGUAAAUUCCCCUCUCUACAAGUUACUGCUAUCCUGGUGGAAUGUGGUGCUAAUAUAAAUGUCAGAGACUCUGAUAACAACAGUCCUUUACAUAUUGCUGCACUGAACAACCACCUAGGAAUAAUGAAUUUUCUUAUCAAGUCAGGUUCACACUUUGAUGCCACAAACUUGUAUAAACAAACUGCUAGCGAUCUACUGGAUGAGAAAAAAAUAGCAAAAAACUUAAUCCAUCCUAUAAAUCAUACUACAUUGCAAUGUCUUGCUGCUUGUGUUAUAGUGAAUCAUAACAUAUGCUAUGCAGGGCACAUCCCUGAAAAGCUAGAGAAAUUUGUUUUGCUUCAUAGAUAAUAGUGUGCAGGCACAGAGUGCUGUUGUUGAAGCAUGGCUUGGUGACAAUGUUUUUCUUGUGCACUGUUGCAAUAUAUCAGUAUUCCUUUAGU